AUGGCCUCAUCAGGCAGCGUCUUCUCCGAGACUCUCCAAGAAAUCACGAAAACCAAGCUCGAGGAGCUUUCCAAGCGGCGCAAGAAUUUUGAGACCUCCAAGGCCGCCGUGCUCGCCUACCUCGACGAGGAGACCGACAAGGUCGCGCGGAUCAAGGCCCUCAGCAGCGGCGUCAAGCGAUGCCUCGGCGUCGCCGUCGACAAGAACGGCGCCGUCGUCCUGCGGGCGGGCAAGCAGGGCCCGCUCGAGAUUGAGCUCAAGAACCUGGAUCGGUUCCUCCAACAGGCGCGCCACGACCCUUCCGUCUCCGCCAAGAUGCUCGAUGCGUGGGAGGCCUCCCUGCUCGGUCACCUCGGCACGCAGUCGCUCAAGUUUCAGUACGCGGAUCUCUACGGCCAGCUCGUCACCGAGUGGCUGUCUGGCGACGGCACGCCGGCGCCCAAGAAGGAGGAUGCUGAUGUCGAGAUGGGGGACGAUUUUGAGGACGUCGGCAGCGCAGCCAAGCUCGCGGCGCGGGCCGAGUGGGAGAAGACGGUUUUCGAGCCGGCCAACGUCGACGUGAAGGCGUUGGAGAGAUACCUUGCCAAGCUGUUUGGUGCCGGUGGUGACCCAGAGAGAGAAAAGCUGCGCGACGCCCUCGAGAAACUCCGAAGCGACGUUGCCGUGUUCGAGACAUCCAUGUCCGACCCCACCCAGUUCACCAAUGCCUCUCUCCUGCGCGCCAUCACCGGACUUCUCAGCAGUGACUUGCUGACGAAUGAAAAGCGCGAGGUGCUCCGGGACUUCAAGAGCAACAAUGUCAUCCUCGCGGAGAUUGCUGACGUCCUCAACAUGCGCAUCGCGGCCCUGCCGACCUGGUCGUGGGGCGACAAGGUCCUGCUGGAGCAGCAUCGCAAGAUCAGCGGCGUGUACAACGUCAAGAUGCACGAGGACCUCUUGCAGGCCAUCUUCCUGCAGCACAUUGGCGUCAAGUGGUCCGUUUUCUUCAAGAGGGCCUUCACGACGUUUCGCAGAGCAAAGGGCGCUUGGACGCCUCGACGCAAUCCAGUCUCCAAGACGGACAAGAAAAGGCUGGGAUACUACCUGGGACCUGUGUUCCGAAAUGGAUGUCUUCAGGACCGCCGCAGGGAUCUCUACAACAAGGAUUACUUCUUGGCUCAACUUCUGCGUUCUGAGACGCAGCAGGUUCACAAUGCGGACGGCGAAGAGGAGGCAGACUGGGAGAACGCAGCAGAGCCAGCGUCGGAUUUCAUCAGCCAUGGCUUUGCAGCCUCUUCGCCGGUGUACAAGAGAGGCCUCGGUGUCGGGGGCGCAAAGAGACACAGGAGGAUCGCCACGUUCAAAGAUACCGAAGCCUCGGAUUCCGAAGACGACCGCUCGGGCGACGGGGAUGAUGAUUCUGCUACGGCGACGCCGCAGAACACCAUGAAGCUGAAGCAGCAGAUCCUUCACAUUCUCUCAACGGAGAUUGCCAUUGGCACAAGCCUCCAUGGGGAGGUGACUGCGUUCCAUUCUGUCUUUGACAGCUGGGCUCCGCUCUUGCCACACCAGACGGUUCUUGCUGUCCUCAGAUUCUUUGGCGUCUCGGAGCAGUGGCUUUCCUUCUUCCAGAACUUCCUCGAAGCUCCGUUAAAGUUUCUGGAUGACGAUGACACGGUCAGCACUCGAAAGCGUCUCCGCGGCACACCCGCCUCUCACACCCUCAGCGACCUCUUUGGCGAAUCUAUCCUUUUUUGCUUAGACUUUUCCGUCAAUCAGGCGACCGAGGGUCAGACGAUAUGGCGUAUCCACGAUGACGUUUGGUUCUGGUCUAACGAUGAGACCAAAGCAGUAACGGCAUGGAAGACGAUGGAUAACUUUGCCCGAAUCACCGGCACCAAGCUCAACCCAGCGAAGACUGGGGCUGUCCGAGUCGACCAGGCCUCUCACGAACCCAGAGCGGUCAGUGAGUUGCUUCCAAAGGGUGAGAUCCGAUGGGGCUUCCUCCGACUUUCGUCGACCACGGGCCGUUUCGAGAUUGAUCAGACAAUGGUAGACAAACACGUCGAGGAGCUCCAGAAACAGCUCGUCGGCAGCAACAAGAGCGUCUUCGCCUUCAUCCAGACCUGGAACACGUACGCAGACACAUUCUUCUCCGCCAACUUUGGCAAGCCUGCAUGCUGCUACGGCGUCGAGCACGUGGACGAUAUGCUGCGUACCCAUCAGCGGAUCCAAAAGGAGAUAUUCUCGUCCUUUGCCACCUCUUUCAACGAAGCAGGGGCAACGAGCGUCGCUGACCAUCUCAAGAAGACUAUCGAGACCCGUUUCGGCAUCGACGAUGUUCCCGACGGCUACAUCUUCUUCCCCGUGGAGAUGGGGGGCUUGGAUCUCAAAUCGCCAUUCGUGACCCUUCUCCAGAUACGCGAUUCGUUCAGCGAGUCUCCGUCUGCCAUGCUGGAGGCUUUCCACAAAGGCGAGCGUGAGGGCUACCAGGCCGCCAAGGAGCGAUUUUACAGCAGCGAGAUUGAGGAACUGCACUACAGCCUCGCGGACCCGGAUUGGAAGCCCGAAUCGAAGCAGGAGCAGGAGACGUUCCUCAGUUUCGAGGACUACACGCGGUUCAGGGAGGAGCUCCGCUUCGAAGACAAUGGAGUCCAGGUGCAUGAUCUUUUCAGCAAGAUGUUGGUCGAGCCGUCACCCUCCACAUUGUCGCCAGACACGGGUACGAUCAGUUCGGCGCUGCGUAACCUGACCGGCAAUCCGAGGCCGAGAGGCAUCUUUUCGAACUGGGCCUCGAUGGAGCCGUACUGGCAGUGGGUGGCCAUGCUGUAUGGACCGGAAAUUGUGGACCGUUUUGGCGGGCUGAAUAUUGUUGAUUUCGGGUUGCUGCCGAUGGGCAUGGUCAGCAUCUUUAGGGAGAAACGAGUCACAUGGGAGGGCUGA